AAUGGCAAAACUAUUUAAACACCAAUUUUCAAAAAAUAGAGCCGUUUGUUCAAACCCUCAGCCCUCCCAAAUGAAAUUGAACUGUAGAAGCAGAGACAUUUACACUUCAAUCUCUAAUGCAUUAUCUUCAACGGCCAACAAGAAAGAUCUCCAGAAACUUCAUUCCCUCCUAAUCACUUUUGGUUUAAGCAAAUCUCUGUUUUUGUCGGGUAAAUUAAUAUCCAAAUACUCCCAAUUCAAAGACCCCAAUUCUUCUUUAUUGAUUUUCCGGGAAAAUUCACUCACAAACAAUGCUUAUCUGUGGAAUACGAUAAUUAGAGCGAUGACCCAUAAUGAAUUGUAUGCAAAAGCGUUGGAAUUUUACGCGGAAAUGGGGAAAUUGCAAGUGAAGCCUGAUAGCUACACGUUUCCUUCGGUUAUCAAUGCUUGUGGGAGUUUGAUGGAUCUUGGGAAAGGGAGAGUUGUUCAUGAGCAUGUUAAGGAGUUGGGUUUUGAUUCUGAUGUGUACAUAAAUAAUACGCUCGUGGAUAUGUAUUCAAGGUGUAGUGAAUUGGGUCGUGCUCGAGAAGUGUUCGAUGAAAUGCCUAGUAGAGAUAUUGUCUCUUGGAAUAGUUUGAUUUCUGGGUAUACUUCCAAUGGGUACUUUAAGGAAGCAUUGGAGGUUUAUACUCAGCUGAGAAUUGGCGGUUUGAUGCCCGAUUCUUUCUCGUUUUCGAGUGUUUUACUGACUUGUGGUGGACUGGGGGAGGUUGAAGAGGGUCAGAUUGUUCAUGGUUUGGUGGAGAAGGUUGGAGCAUAUAAGGAUGUGAUUGUAAGCAAUGGUUUGCUCUCAAUGUAUUUUAAGUUUGAUAUGCUAAAUAAUUGCGACAGAAUUUUUAAUGAGAUGGUUCGCAAAGAUAGUGUUACUUGGAAUACAAUAAUUUGUGGAUAUUGUGAAUCGGGUUUCUAUGAAGAGUCAAUCAACUUGUUUUUGGAAAUGGUGGAUAGUUUUAAACCAGAUAUUUUGACAAUCACAUCGGUUCUACGUGCGUGUACUUACGUUGGGAACUUGAAGUUGGGAAGAUAUGUCCAUAACUACAUGAUUAGUAAUGGUUAUAAGUGUGAUAAUAUAGCUAGUAAUAUUAUUAUUAACAUGUACGCAAAAUGUGGUGAUGUGUUGCAUUCAAGGGAAGUGUUUGAGAGCAUGGGAAACCAUGAUUUGGUGUCGUGGAACUCACUUCUUAACGGGUAUAUCGAAAACGGGUUAUAUCAAGAAGCAAUAGAUCUCUUGAGGAGGAUGAAGAAAAGUUUCCAACCUGAUUUUGUCACGUACGUGGCACUUUUUUCCAUUUGUACAGAACUAGCAAACGUAAAUUUCACCGAGGAACUCCACUGUGAUAUAAUAAAGCAAGGAUUCGGCUCGACUCAGAUUUUGGGCAAUGCUCUUGUCGGCGCCUAUGCAAAAUGUGGCAAAAUGGAGGAUUCGCUGAAGCAAUUCGAGACCAUGAAAGUUCGAGAUACAGUUACAUGGAACUCGAUAAUUGCUUCUUGUGGUAAUUCUAAGACAAGCAGCCUUGGUUUAACAAUGCUUAGCAGGAUGAGAAAGGAGGGAAUAAUGCCAGAUGUACCGACUUUUUUAAGUGCGUUGCCUUUGUGUUCUUAUCUCAUCGCCAAACGACAAGGGAAAGAGAUGCAUGGCUGUAUUUUAAGAUUGGGUUUUGAGUCCAAUGUUCCGAUCGGGAAUGCUCUGAUUGAAAUGUAUUCCAAUACCGGGAGCUUAAAGAAUUCGAUACUAGUUUUUGAGCAAAUGAAAACAAGAGACUUAGUUUCGUGGACAGCGAUUAUUUCUGCAUAUGGGAUGUUCGGUGAAGGACGAAAAGCACUUAUAGCUUUUCAGAAUAUGAAGGCAGCUGGUAUUUUUCCCGAUCACAUUGUCUUUAUUGCCGUUAUAUACGCAUGUAGUCAUUCUGGCUUAGUGCAAGAAGGGAAAGCUUGCUUUGAGCAAAUGAAGAAAGACUACAACAUUGUACCUAGGAUCGAACAUUAUGCUUGCGUAGUUGAUCUUUUGUCUCGAUCGGGACUCUUAACUGAAGCAGAGGAGUUCAUUACAUCAAUGCCUUUAAAACCCGAUGCAAGUAUAUGGGGUGUUCUACUCAGUGCUUGUCGAGCAAGUGGAGACAUGAAAAUCGCCGAACGUGUAUCCGAACAUGUUCUUGAAUUAGAUACGAACGAUCCAGGAUACUAUGUUUUGGCCUCGAAUGUCUACGCUUCUUUAGGAAAAUGGGAUCGAGUUAGAAAGAUAAGAACUUCUUUAAAAGCUAAAGGACUGAAAAAAGAACCCGGAAUUAGUUGGCUCGAGAUCCGAAAUAAAGUGUACUACUUUGGAGCGGGCGAUAGAUUCUUUGAGCAACGCAAAGAAGUCGUGGAGCUAUUGGAUGAUCUCUCUGGUUUGAUGGCCAAGGAAGGAUAUGCCGCUGAUGUCAGAUUUGUGUUGCAUGAUGUCGGCGAGGAUGAGAAGGUGGACAUGCUUUGUGGGCACAGUGAAAGGCUUGCCAUAGCGUUUGGCUUGUUGAAUACGAAACCCGGUACUCCUUUAAUGGUGAUGAAGAAUCUUCGGGUUUGUGGGGAUUGCCAUACUGUCACAAAGUACAUAUCGAAAAUUAUGAAACGUGAAAUAUUAGUAAGAGAUUCCAAUCGCUUUCAUCUGUUCAGAGACGGAAGUUGUAGCUGUAAAGAUCACUGGUGAUAGCGCCGUUCGCCACUUGUAAGUUUUUUAUUGGACGAGCCUUUUGUAGUUGAAGCAACUGGUUAAUUCUUAAGUUGGCAGUUGGCAGUGGAAGAAAGACUGGAUCCGUACUAAUCAUUAUAAUUGGGAGCAAUUGGAAGUCUUGAUUGCGAGGAAGCUUUCGAGAAUCGCCAGACAUAUAUGCCAAGCCAAUCAUACAUACAGUAAAGGUGAUUUCGCUCUUUCUCAAUUGAACCCACAGUUUUUGACAUUAUAGAUUUCUUAUGUUUUCGGAUGAUGGCACCGAUAUACCUAACUUUGAGCCUUCUAUUAUUUAAGGUGACCGCUCGAAAUGGUGGCGAAUCGUCCAAAGGUCCAAUUAUCACGUGCUUGAUCUUACAGGGAUUUUCGCCUGCACUCCUACUCGGUUGAAUGAAGGUAUUACAUAAAAUAUCUCUAACAGUGUAAGAGAAAUUUAAAAUUGCAUACUUGAAUUCAAAAUUUUCUUCAGUUUUGCUAACAAAACAUGCAUUGAAAGUCGAAAACACCGCAUCUUUGCCUAAAAAUACAUGCUGACCGGAACCCGUUUCCCCCCUUUUUGAAACUGUCACAACGCACAAAUUUAUUCGAGACAAUCAAGCUUCAUCAAUUUUACAUUGAGAAACGAACAUGUUUUAAAAAACCAAACCUGAAAUAAACC